GUUGCGUCAGCUGAUUUCUCAUUUCUCAUUUACUUAUUUGCACGGAGGCACGGAUCAGCACGAACGUAAACAGUUUUGCAUCGUCGUCAACAUUGUCAAAUUUGUCUACCAUAGCUAUUGAAUAAUCGAUUGGAAUAAAAAUGACGCGGCACGCAAGAAAUUGUACAGCGGGAGCAGUGUACACUUAUCACGAAAAAAAAAAAGAUGCUGCCGCUUCAGGUUACGGGACAAACAGCCACAGGGUUGGCAAAGAUUCUGUCAAAGAUUUUGAUUGCUGUUGUUUGACUUUGCAGCCAUGUAGAAAUCCCGUUGUAACACGCGAUGGUUAUCUCUUUGACAAGGAAGCUAUUCUGGAAUAUAUUCUAACCAAAAAAAGGGAGUACGCGAGACAGAUGAAAGAGUAUGAAAAACAAAAACAACGGGAUGAGGAAGCAUCCCGGGAACAAACGGUAAACGAGGAGUUGGAAAAGCUUCAGAACUUUUUGAAAGGAGAAAAGAACAUUGUGUCACGAGUAAAAGGACAAGACAAGCAGGAAACUGAGAGCGGUCAUUCUGUAUCAAACAUGACCAACGGGCGUGACAAGAGUUUACCCAGUUUUUGGAUCCCUUCGAAAACUCCACAAGCCAAACCUGCGCCUGUCAAUAAACCAGAUAAAAAUAUUUAUUGCCCAGAGAGCGGACGUGUUUUGAAACUGAAAGAUCUUAUUCCGGUUAAAUUCACAGAGGUCAAAGAUCCUGAUGAUAAGCAAGCUCUUAUCGUCAAACAAGCUCGUUACAUGUGUCCCAUCACGCAUGACAUUUUGGGCAACAAUGUUCCCUGUGCGGUUAUAAAAACUACCGGAGACGUCGUUACGGUAGAAUGCGUUGAGAAAAUAUUAAAAAAGGAUUGGAUUAAUCCACUGGACAAUUCCAAAAUCACUGAGAACGAUAUCAUUUUGCUUCAGAGGGGUGGAACCGGCUACUCCGCGGCUAACGAUCGUCUUGAGGGAAAACACGAACGUCCAGUACUUCAGGCUUAGCGAUAUUUAAUGAAAUGUUUUUUUUUCAUCUAGUUUUACUACAGUUGUAAACCACUCGAAACACGGAAUAUUUUAAUAAAACCUUUCGAAAUGCAA